AUGAAAAUAAUUUUGACAAUUGCAUUUCUUUCAACGGCUGCAGCUGUCCGGGAGGGAAUCAAUCUGUCCCUGUGCUCAAGCGACAAUCUGUACUGCUACGAUGAAAUUACACAGUCUAUUGUGCAGCUGGGAGCAGACGAACUCUCAGGAAAGAAGAGUGCAAUAGGCUCCGGGGAGUUUGUAAAGUCAUCUUCUGGGAAUAUCAUUGAAUACGGGACAGGCACUUCCCUGCACGGGCACAGGAAGCGACUUGCGCCAGAGUGCGGGCUAGACCAUUCUUCGAUAAGCUGCAAAGUGCUUGGGAAAGAGUCCAUUCCAGCGGGCGGGACUUUGCCUGCAGUGCGCGCGCGCCCGGCCUUGGUGCAGGUAGCAAAACCUGUUGUGGUAGCAAAACCUGUUGUGGUAGCAACUCCGCAGACUGCGGUCUUUUCCAGGCCCACAGAAGGCUAUCCCAUUGACGACGACUGCGAGGACAGGGCCAUCGUAACCCACACGCCCACAAAAGUGUGCUACGAGAAGCCCCGCAAGGAAUUCCUGACCGUGCAGUGCUGCAAGACCACGCGCAUUCCCAUCAAAGGCGAGAAAAGGCCUCCCAUAUGCACGUGCGCAGACGGAACCCCAGCUGAGCCCAUUCCUUCGUCUGUAUUAGCCGGCACGAGCACAGCAACAGCUCUUUCUUCUGGCGUGGCUGCAGUAGCUGUUCCUGCGUCUUCCGCAGUAGCGAUAGAAAGUGGCAUUCCGAUAAGUACGGCCACUGCUCUGUCGGAUAUAGACGUUCUUCGUUCUUCGCAGAUGGAAAAUGCAAAUGCGUUCAUGCACGGGGUAGCAGCUGCGCGAACUCCUCACUCUGCCACGCUGAAGCUAAAUAUAAGUCCCGGCACAAGGUCCAUUACAGAGAGAGACAGAAACGAGAUUCUAAGGGCAGCCGAGCAAAUGCAAAUGUAA